UGUGAGUGACACCCGCGUCUCUACGUCGGCGAGUGAAAGAGAGGGGGAAUUUGGUGGAUCCUGCGAGGGGUUUGGGGGAAUUGGAAACCUGAACGAAGAUAGAAUCACGAAAAAUCCUCAAAACGCGAGAAAGAGAGGGGUCUGCAGUCGGGGGGGAGUAAAAAAAUAGUCUCACUUGUGUUGGUGUACAGCGUCGAAAGAGUGUUAUACUGUGGGGGGUGUAGGCGAUGCUAGGCGGUGAAGUAAGGUGCGACGACCAAGUGAAGUGACCAACAGAGGCGUAACUUCGUCCCAACAUAGUCCAGGGGGAAAAUAAAAUAAUUAAUAUCUGACCUGUCUGACUGAGGAAAAAAAAAAGUCGUUUACCUCGAGUCGAAAUAUCACCCUUGACCGAUCGAAUUGUCACUUUGCGGACCAAUGGUGGGGUCUGAGGACGCGAGUGAUAAUACAACUUUGUGAUAACAGUAUGAAUACGUGAAGAAGCCCCUGCAGAAAAAGGCGAGAACGCCACAGCUUCGAGUGUCUCCCUCUUACUCCUAACCAUCAGUUUUUAGACCAUUGGCUCGUGAUUAUUCACUGUCUCACUUCAACACGCGUCGUUACACCGGAGUUUACGUUUUUUUUUUUCUCUCGAUUAUAAACGUUCCACUCCUUUCGGUGGAAUAACACUCGUUUUGUUGUACUGCAAUGACGACGCGCCACUUAACGCCGGAUUUCAACCCGCGAAUGGAGCCAUGAGGAGUGAAGCCGUUGGCUGAAGGAUAACUGAACUAUUUUUUGAGGAUUUUUUUUUUGAGGCAUCUGGAGAUCAGGCGAAAUUGCUGGACAGUGACGCGAGGGAGCUUUUUUCUUCCUUUGUUUUUUUUUUAGUUUAUUUCGAUUUAACCCGGGUGUGAGGAACUCUGAGUUUUGUGAUAUUUCUCGGAAUUUUUCGAAGAAUUAUUAUUGAGGGUUUUUUCAUUUUUCGGAGAUAUUUGAGGGUUUGGUGUGGAGUUCAACGCUGGAGAGAUUGACAAGUUCACAACAAUGUACGCCAAGGGGAAGGGGUCUGCUGUGCCCUCAGACAGUCAAGCCAGGGAAAAGCUGGCGUUGUAUGUUUACGAGUAUCUAUUGCAUGUUGGAGCACAAAAAGCAGCACAAACAUUCCUGUCGGAGAUUCGAUGGGAGAAGAAUAUCACAUUGGGCGAGCCUCCAGGGUUUCUACACUCGUGGUGGUGUGUAUUCUGGGACUUGUAUUGUGCAGCCCCUGAGAGACGCGACUCGUGUGAACACAGUAGUGAAGCAAAAGCUUUCCACGACUAUGGAUUUGUAAACAGUGGUUAUGGAGUGAAUGGAAUUACUCACAAUGCUGGACCAGCCCCAUCUCCGCUUGGGCAGAUGCCACCCAAUGAUGGCAUGCCUGGUGGCCCAAUGCCUCCUGGAUUCUUUCCAAACAACUCGACAAUGCGACCAUCUCCGCCCACACACCCCUCAUCACAGCCAUCUCCCCAGCACCCCCAGCCACCCCCGCCCUCACACUCGCAGAUGAUGCCCGCCCAGUUUAUGGGACCCAGAUAUCCAUCAGGACCUAGACCGACAGUUCGUAUGCCACAAAUGGGAAAUGAUUUCAAUGGGCCACCAGGACAAACAAUGAUGCCAAAUAGUAUGGAUCCAACGAGACAAGGCGAAGCUGGAGAGUUUGUAGGGUGGCAAGGUCCACCUGGUAUGAACCCCAUGAAUCCGAGGAUGAAUCCACCGAGAGGGCCAAUGGGACCGAUGGGCCCCGGGAAUUAUGGCCCAGGAAUGAGAGGACCACCUCCAAACAGUAGUUUAGGUCCUGGAGGGCCUGGGGGCCCUGGAAUGCCACCGAUGAGUAUGGCAGGACCUGGGGGUAGACCUCAAUGGCAGCCCAACACAUCCACUCCUAUGAAUUACUCAUCAUCGUCUCCGGGUAAUUAUGGUGGUCCUCCAGGCUCGACAGGGCCACCAGGUCCAGGUACACCCAUAAUGCCAAGUCCACAAGACAGCAGUAAUAGUGGGGGUGAAAAUAUGUACACCAUGAUGAAACCAGUACCUGGAGGCAAUAUGCCUGGAGACUUCCCAAUGAGCGGAGGGCCUGAGGGUGGUCCUAUGGGUCCCAUGGGGCCAAACACAAUGGGUCCAGUAUUAAAUGGCGAUGGCUUAGAUGGAAUGAAGAAUAGUCCAGCGAAUGGUGGACCUGGAACACCUCGUGAAGACAGUGGCAGUGGAAUGGGAGAUUACAAUCUGGGAGGUUUCGGUGGUCCCGGUGAAAACUUUUUUUAAAUCUCGAUAUCACCUUGGACCCAGCUACGAGCUCAUAAGACACCCUGUACAACUCCCCGGGUAACAGACAGAUGGAAGGAUCUCGACCCGUUUAAAACUAGAGUAAUUAACCUAAGCAAGUUUACGAUAAUGUGAACGUUGCAGAGAUAAUUAUUUAAACGAUCGAUCUAUCAAUAUUAGAUUCACUAUCAGUGUCGUUUUAACGAUAACACAAGGAAUAAUGUGGGAAUGUCAAGUCACACGUUCGUCAAUUCUGUUGUCAAUUCUCCCACUAUUUUUUAAAUAAUUUUUGUUCAUAGAUUGUUAAGUAAGAUCUGAUUAUUGAUACUUAUGCCACUACUGCCAUACAGACUAUGUAUAUGCUUCGCUAGUACUCUCAAAGUUGCAUUUUUUUUUUUCAACUUCUUCGAAGUCAGGAAUAGGCUCUCUCGUAUUUCUAGUUAGGGAUUAUGUUAUCUCAGACUAUUUAUAUUUAUUUUAUUUUUUUUAUCUUUUGAAAGGAGAAAAUUCUCAGCUAUCGAGGAUGUCGUAAGGAUUCCCUGGGAUCAUGAGAAACGGCUUUUCUCUGGUGGAAAACUGUUUUUAGAGUUAGUAUUGAGGAGGGGAGUUAAUUAAUACGGAAAUUUGGAAUGGGGAAUUCUUAUGACGUCCUCAAGCAAACGGUGCCUGAUGUAAUGUAGGCUGUUUACUCAAUAUCCGCUCUGUGAUUUGGGCUUAAUUGCUUGAUUAAUAUUUUUUACUAAUGAUACUUCUGGAAGUUUCUUAGUUAUCGAUAGGUGAUUUAUUCUCCACUUUGCUAAUGCAUUGGAUAUUUUUCGUGAAAUAGUACAGUCGAAUCUGUUGUAAGUUGUAUUUUAUCUGAUGAAUCAGAAAUUAAUCCCUAGAUUUUACCUCUGACAUGAAUUCAUCGUCAAUAUUAAUUUUUUUUUUAGUUUUAUUGACGUAUAACUUAUCGCAGAUUUCUAAUGAUUUUUAUAUUAAUGAAAAAAGGAAGACAUAAGACGAAAAUUAUCCGCUUAUGAAAUUCUAGUCCCUUCAUUCAUCAAUUUUUUCUUUUAAAUGAAAUAAUUCCGUUAUCAUUCACUCUUGCUCACUAAAUCGGAAUAGACUUCCCAUUGUAUCAACGAAUAAAUCAUUGAAGGUUUGAAUUCUCUUGCCGCUUGAUUGCUCAAUUUACAAAAAUGCCUGAUAUUUUUUUAAUUUGUAAAUAGAAAUGUGGGAAAGUACAAUUAACGACUCAAUUCGUAAUUAUGAAAAUUUCGUGCUGUGCAUUCAGUAGAAAGGUCGAAGCGUAAUAAUCAUUGCAAUUUUAAAUACAUUCGUUAAACUCUCGUUUCAAUCGAAGGGAUUAUCCAUUAAUUGUACAUAGAUUAUAUAUUUUUUUUCUGAUGGGAUAACCAGCAUGAGUGAUGCUUAUAACAGUGUAUUUUAUUUUUCAUACGUGUUUUCAUUUGAAUAAUUAUAUGAAUUAACAAUGGUGCAGCAUGAUUAACCCAGUGAUUUUUGUUUGAGAUACUAACGAAGAGUAGGAGUGGCCAGAUUAAUACUUAAUACGUCAAUAAGUCAUCGAAUGUACAUAAAAUAUGGAGGAAAAAUAAUACUCAAAGCUUCCAGGCUUGAUUCCAUGGGUGAUCGUUGCUGAAUGAAAAAACAAGCGACAAAAUUUUUGCUCACAUUUUUCAAUCUAACAUAGCAAUCACUUUUUUCCAUAUUCAACGGUAUUGCCACAGCGUUCAAUUGAUUGAUUGUCAAUAACUCGAUGAUGAUUGAAUCAGAAUUAAUGAAAAUAAUAUGGAGAUAUUAAUAUUUUUGUAUGCAUUUAAAACAUAGGCAGUGUGAGUACUGACCGUUAAGUGAAUGAAUGGAAUUGGCUGAUUUUAACAUUUAUGAUGAUCAAUGAAUGACAAAAAUUCAUUUGACAAGUCAUGAGAAAGAUAUUGAUUAGAGAUACUAUGGAAAUCCAUCCGUCCGCAGGUGGUUAUAGGUCAGUACCAGACUAUGCUGUGCUGCUAUUAGUUGAUUAACGUUUCGUUAAUUGAACGAUUCAAACUACGUUAUGAUAAUUCAUGUAAAAUACUCGAGGAGAACGGAAUUUUGGGUCGACAAUCAACGAUUUUUCAUUUUCGUUUGAUCACCAUUUUAUGGUUGAUUUUUAGGGUUUGAGAGACUGAAUCCGUGUACAUAUUUGUUUUAACAAUGGUUUAUUGCUCGAUACCUGUCGAUUCAAAAAUUCGUCCUGCAGUUUUUUUUUUUUUUUGUAAUGAGAUUCGUUCUGAGACUUAAUAUACUCGACGUCGAAGGUACGCUUACGUUUUAAGAUACGGUUGCCACGUUUUAAUGAGAAUUAUCUCGUUCUGAGAGCAGUUUAACGCGUUUUUUUUUAUUAUUUAUUUUGUUUGUGGAUUUACUUUCUGCUUUGAGGAUAUUCAAGCAUUUGGCGAGUUAUUUUUUUUUCGUUUAGAUUCUGUACAUUUGUAGUUCAAUACCAUUAAACUAAGUUUGCUGGUUAUUUUGCAAAUAUUUUAUUUGCUACUUUUUUUACACGGUUUUUCAUUUUAUUCAUCGUUUUUAGUCUCAAGGAAAUAUUUCACAAUCUCGAAAGAAAUUGGCCAACUUGGCAAUGCCAAUUUUUUAAAUAAUUUUCACAUCAAUUUUCCCACUUCAGCUUUUAGUGUAGUAACAAGUUUUUAAUGUUAAAAAAAUGUUUUUGGGAAUGAUAAUAAUCUUUGCGAAAUGCUGUUGGAUAACGCUGAGCAUCUGUACAUUUUUUCAAUUGUCCAAGGCAAUUUAAUUGAGAAAAUUGCUGAUUGAAAAUAGGAAAAGUUGCUUGAAUAUCCUGAAAGUGACAUGCGGAUGCUCCUUCGAGGGCAGUGAGCUUUUUUUAAAUAAAUUCUUGAAGUGUAAACGCACCUUGAUACUAUUUUUUCAAGAAUUAUUUCAAGAGUUACGUAAGAUUGAAUUCAACUAUUGAAGGAUGGGAAUAUUUUAAUUGAUAGAAAUAUAGGUCUGAGCCAGGAAGAUCGAGACAAUAAUGUAAUCAUGUUAAACUGACAUAAUUGCGUUUCGAUAUAUUUUUUUUUUUAAUUUUGUUAAUUGAACCCGCAGGGUGCUGGCUACCGGAUAAUUAUAAAUAUCUCGUAGUUAUUUUCCGGGUUUUUUUUUUCUUUUAGUCCUAAGGACGUGUGUUUCGAGGGAAUUCUAAUGGAGUGAUCAGUUUGAAAAUUCUUCUGUCAUUGAUAUCUUAUCGAUUAUCGAGUGCUUGAGACACACAUUCUGUAUCACGACGUCGAAUAUAAUUUUAAAUGAAGGAAAAAUCAGUGAAGUGGUAUUUGAAGAUGAAAUUUUAAUGGUAAAACAAUGCGAAUUGAUUGAUUUUAUUUCGAAAUAAAAUAAUGAUGAAUAAAUAAAUCUGGUGGCUGUAUAUAGUACUAGGCUGUACUGACCUGUAGCACAUGGAUGCGUGAGCCGGAUUGCGAUUGUGGAUUGCCAAUUUGCCAUAAAUUAAAAACAUCAAAUUAGAAAGCAAUAAUCUUAAAAUUAUAAAAAUUAGACAAAUGAUGGAAUCACAGUUCAAAUUUUUUGCUUUUUCUUUUUUAUUACUUUUUUAUUCUUCAUUUUCAAUCGAUGGAGGUGUGCGUGCGUGGGGGGCAGGCCGCCAUUUUGGGCACAAAUUACCGUUUUUUUAAAUAUUAAUUAUUCAUUCACUUGUGUUACAUUUAACGUCCAUGUGUUGUGGGUCAGAGCACCCUGAUGAAAGCAUUUUUUUUUAUCACCAAAAAAUCCUAAACUAUCCUCUCAAUCGCUAAAAUCCUCUUAUUGAUUAUUUAUUUAUUUAUUGAUUUUUUUUUUUGACUUCUCUCUCGGAGCCCAAACCCGACGCACCAUCACCGCACGUUUAUUGAAGCAACAUUUUGGGAAGAGGACAAGAGGAUCGCAUUAUGAGUAUUUGUAUAAUUACAAUAGAAAUUUAUUGAAAUUUCAGUUUCAAAAGUUGUCGCAAUUUCGCGUCGAACAUUCGAGAAAAUUUGGUUUUUCCAGUUACACGAUCAUUUAUUUUCCGACAAAGGUUUUUAUUUCCAGAUUGAUCCUGAGAAUUGCAAUCAAGUGUAAUUCGAUUUUUAAUCGAUUGAAAAUUCAGAGAAGUUCAUUAUCAAUUGUCUCAAAUAUUAACUGUCUAAUCGGGUGAUAAGCAGUAGCUCAAUUCCCCUCGAGAAAAUUCCGAAUAAAAUCAACAAAAUAACUAUUUCGAGGAAUAAAAAUGAAUUUCUGGG